CGCAAACUCUCAAGGUCCACCUGCCCUUCGGCUUUGUCUCCGGCGAAAUCCCAUCCCCAUUCGUUACCAGGAGCGCAGACAUCGCCGGGGCGCCCCACCGGCGGCCGCGCCGCGGUGCGAUCCCUAUUCCCAAAUCUCCCUCCUACGCAGGCCACCCUCAUCAUCCUCUCCAACCUCCAAAUCCGCGCCCUGCCUGCCCUUCCGCUCCCAAAUCCCACGAUGAACCUCCCUUCCCGGCUCCGCCAUCUCCGCCGCCUUCUCGCGGCCGCGCCCUUACCAACCCACGGCGCCACACACUCCCCCAACCCAUCCUCCUUCCGACCGCUACACCCCACCCGAAUCCUGCCGCCGCCGUCCCAUCUACCCAUCCUCCCAGCGCGGCGGCUCUUCUCCGAGCACGCCAUCCUCCCCACUCACCUCCAGGACGAGCGCUUCGCCGGGAUCUCUGAUAGGAUCUAUGAUGCCAUGCUUAAGACGGAGGCGGAAGCCCACGAGGGCACGGAGGCCGCUCUCGACGCUUUGGGCGCCGAGCUGACUACCCCGCUCGUCGCCGACGUGCUUCACCGCCUCCGCUACGAGGAGAAGCUGGCGUUCCGGUUCUUCGCCUGGGCGUCCCACCAGGACGGGUACAGCCACGAACCGGCCACCUACAACGACAUCAUCGACAUCCUCUCCGGCACGCGGUACAAGAGCCGCCAGUUCGGUGUCCUCUGCGACGUGCUCGACCACAUGAAGCGCCACGGCACGAGGUCGGUGCCGGUUGAGGAGCUGCUGGCGAUCCUGCGCGCCUACACGGAGAAGCAUCUCACGCACAUGAGGAAGCUGGCCAAGAAGCGGCGGGUUCGGAUGCGUACGCCGCCAGAGACCGACGCGCUCAACGUGCUGCUGGACGCGUUCUGCAAGUGUGGGAUGGUCAAGGAGGCGGAGGCGGUGUUCGGCCGCGUGAAGAGGAAGUUGCAGGGUAAUGCCGAGACGUACAGUAUCCUGUUCUUCGGGUGGUGCCGAGCGAGGGAUCCCAAGAAGGCCAUGAAGGUGCUAGAGGAAAUGAUUCAGAUGAAGCACACACCAGAUAGUUUCACCUACAUAGCAGCUAUCGAUUCAUUUUGCAGUGCUGGAUUGGUGUCAGAGGCAAGGGAGUUGUUUGAGUUCAUGAGGAAUGAGGGAUCAACGAUAUCGUCACCCACAGCCAAGACGUAUUCGAUUAUGAUUGUUGCGCUAGCUAAGGCUGAUCAAAUGGAGGAGUGUUUUGAACUGAUUUCAGAUAUGAGAAGUAGUGGGUGUAUGCCUGACGUAUCGACUUAUAAAGAUUUGAUUGAAGGGAUGUGCUUGGUGGGUAAACUGGAUGCUGCCUAUCGUGUGUUGGAGGAGAUGGGAAAGGCUGGAUUUCCUCCUGACAUUGUCACCUACAAUUGCUUUCUUAAGGUACUUUGUAGUCUUCGAAAGGCUGAUGAUGCACUUGAACUUUGUGAGAAAAUGAUAGAGGCACAUUGUGAGCCCAGUGUUCAUACCUAUAAUAUGCUGAUGGUGAUGUUCUUUGAGAUGGGAGAGGCGCAUAGAGCAUUAGAUAUCUGGCUUGAGAUGGACAGACGAGGAUGUAAACGUGCUAUUGAUACCUAUGAAAUAAUGAUCGAUGGUCUGUUUGAUUGUGGAAGAACAGAAGAUGCAAGUGCUCUUCUAGAUGAGGUUAUAAACCGUGACAUGAAACUUUCAUAUAAGAAGUUUGAUGCUAUAAUGCUGCGGUUAUCAGCUGUAGGCGACCUUAGCGCGAUACAUCGAUUGUCCGAGCAUAUGAGGAGAUUUUACAAUGUUGCGAUGUCAAGACGAUUUGCGAUCACUCAGAAGAAGAAGAGCAUAGGUCUGAGAAGGAGAUGAGUGCUGUUACUAUUGAUGAUGUGGUUUCUUGUUACUAUGGAUAAUCAGAAGCUCAUUCAAAGCUAACAUCACCAACUGAACUAUCAAGGAGCAAUGGGCAUGUACAGCUUAUAGCAGGCUUGGAAUGCCUGAUGUAGCCAAGCUACUCAAGAUUUGGAUGGUCAAUUUUUUCUGGGAUCAACCAGAUAUAUAAGAAUUUUGCUUGUUAUCCCUAUCUGGGAUCUAAGCAGGAGGGAAGUGGAACCUUCCUUGAAUUACAGCUCUAAGGAUUUAGGACAAGAUUACAAGAAAGGGUUAAAUGGAUAGCUGCUAAGCCAAUAGUUUUUGUAGAAAUUUUUGCAAUAACUAGCAACAUUGCCCGUGCGGCCGUGCGUUGCAGUGGCAGAACAAAUAAAUAAAUAAAUAAAUAUAUAUAUAUGUGUGUGUGUGUGUGUGCAUAAGUGGUUCAUACGAGGUGUCAUAGGGGAAAUUUUUGGUAUGUGCAAAUAAAAUAAGUCAAUAAGUAAAUUCCCAAUAAUCAGACACAGGCACACAGGGCAAGGGUGGGUAAAUAAGACAAAGUAUAGGGGCAGAGUAGUGGUCACGCCAUCAACACCGUAGCCUCUGUAAAUAAGUAAAUUCCCAAUAAUCUAAUGUUUUGGAGUAGCAUAGAUAAGGUCUGAAGGUGCUAGGUAGCAUAUAUGCUGGUAAGCUGGUUCAGUUUCAGUUUCAUUCGUUGGGGAUAUAUGAGCUUUUGUCAGGUAUUCAUCAAUGAGAUUAUGGCAAAAGGAUACUGUGAAAGUUAUUAUAGUUUUCUUGACAAUUUUAUUAGUAGACUAGUGAAGGACGUAACUUGCAGUCCUUUGGCCAUUAUUUUUCAGUUUGGUUUUGCUAAGCAGGAGUUUUCUUUAUUCUGAACAUGACUUU